AUGGAGAAGACCUUCACAAUGAUCGAUUGCACCAAAGAUUGUAAGAUUCGGUGUGCCGUCUACAUGUUGAAAGGCGAAACUGAUGACUGGUUGAGAUUGACGGAGCCUAACCUUGUUGUUACCCAUCCUAACCUUACUUGGGAGCAAGUCAAGGAGGCUUUCUUUGAGAAUUAUUUUCCAGAGAGCUACUGUGAAAGAAAGGCUGCGGAGUUCAUAGAUGUCACUCAAGGAUCCAAAUCAGUCCUUAAAUAUCAGCAGAAGUUUGAAGAGCUGUUCCAUUUUGCCCCCAUUCAUUUGAAGGAUGAUGUUGAGAAGGGUAAGAGAUUUGAGAAAGCUUCAUCCCUACCUACUGGUGGUUCUAUACAGUGUUACAACUGCAACAAGUAUGGACAUAUCUCCAAGGUUUGCCCUCAGCCUAAGCCUUGGGUGUCAUGGACUACAGCUCAGCCUUUAGCUUCACAAACAUCUCAUUCCAAACUGGUUGGUAAACCCCCAUUGUCGACACAAGGUAAUAGAAUCCCAGCCCAAGCAUACAUUAUGACUGAUGCUGAGGCUGAGGCAACACCUAGAGUGCUAACAGGUACCAUUUCUAUUGCUUCUAUCCCUAUAUACGUUCUCUUUGACUCGGGAGCAUCACACUCUUUUGCAUCUUCUUCUUUUGACAAGAAAAUGGGCAGUGAUCCUAAGGGUCUGGUGCAAGGAUUAGCGGUUAGUACACCUACUGGGAGUGUGGUUGGCUUAGACAUAGUUUAUGAGCCACACCCCGUGCUGAUCUGUGAUCGGGAUACGAUCGCACACCUUGUGGAGUUGGAUAUGAAGGACUACGAUGUAAUUUUUGGUAUCGAUUGGCUGGCUACCUAUAAGGCAAACUUGGCUUGUGUAGAGCACCAAAUUGUUUUCAAACCCACUGAUGGAGAGGAGUUUGUAUUCAAGGGUGAUAGAAAGAAGCGAUCCAAGAGGCUUAUAAUCUUGACUCUUCAAGCCAAAAGACACAUGGAUCAAGGGUGUGAAUGCUACCUAGCUUCAGUGAUUGACAUGGAGGCCAAAGUGAAACCUUUGGAAGAGUUGGGGGUUGUGACAGACUUUUCGGAUAUGUUUUCAGAUGAUCUAACUGAGUUGCUUCCCAACAAGGAAACCGAGUUUGCCAUUGACUUACUACUUGGAGUGGCACUAGUAUCCAAUGCCCCUUACAGAAUGGCACCAACCGAGUUGAAGGAAUUGCAAAAGCAGGUGCAAGAUUUGUUGAAGAAGGGUUUCAUCCGUCCUAGUGUGUCUCCAUAG